AUGUUGUGGCCCCGUGAGGAAUUCCACGCUGCGUAUGGACAGAUUAAGUACGAUGCGUUGCAUUCUGGUGGUAGCUGUAGUAUCCUAGUCCUUGUAGCCCUAGAUGUGGAUGCUCUAUGUGCCGCUGAGAUUCUCACACGUCUGCUACGUGCUGACAUGUUGAGCUAUUCGCUACUGGCAGUGCGUGGGUAUGAAGACGUGCUGCAGGCUCGUGAGACACGCAUCCGCAGCGCUGAUGGGGCACUUCGAGACAAUAGGGAACUACGCUCCGUCAUCAUGCUGAACUGUGGUGCAAUCGUUAAUGUAAUGAAGUUGCUGGCGUUGCCUGCGCAUGUUAAAUGUUACGUCCUGGACAGCCAUCGUCCUAUUCAUUUGACUAAUAUAUACGAUGAACACCAGCAGAUUGUCGUGUUUGAUGAUGGUGCAUUGACAUUAGAGGAAUAUCCAGUGUUUGGACCGGAUUUGCAAGUCGAAGACUUUGAAGAGGAAGAAGAAGAAGAAGAAGAAGAAGAAGAAGAAGAAGAGGAGGAGAGUGAAGAUGAGGUAGAAGUGGAUUUUGGUGUGCAAGACACGGAAGAUGAAGAGAUGGACAAGGAGAAGGAUGAGAUGAAUAAAAGAAAAAGAGAUGAUGAAAUGGAGCAUAAAAACGAUAAUGAAGAGAUAGAGAGGAGUCUAAAGAGGAAAAUGAAGGAGAAGAAGAAGGAGACAGAUGAUAUAGGUGGUAUGACUGUAGAUGAGCCAGUUGAGGAGAGCAUGAUGCUCACCAAGCGACGACGUCGGGAGGAGAUCUUACGGUAUUAUAGAGGAUCGUUUCAAGGAGCACCAGCAGCUACAGUAGCGUUUGAAUUGGCACAACAAGUCAAUAGUUCACAGCGUGAUUUACUGUGGUUUGCUAUCAUUGGACUGACCAAGCAAUUUAUCAUGGAGGAGAUUGAUGCUGAUAAUUACAACCUCAUGGUCACUCGGUUCCAGGAUGAAGUCCUGGCGAUAGAUGCACCUACGCCAUUGAGCGGCUCUGGAGCUAAUGGUGACGAAGAACGACACCCGGGCUAUUGUGACGGCAAGAUCAGCUUUGAGGAGGAAUAUCGCUUCAUGUGCUACCGGCACUGGUCACUGUACGAAGCCAUGUAUUACUCGGAUUACGUGGCUUCAAAGCUUGGACUCUAUCACGAUCAAGCACGCCGUGUAGGUGCGCGAAUUGCUGUGGGAAAUAGUGGCAAUAGCGUGGGAGACACGGCACUGCACAUUUUUCUCGCACGCAUGGGAUUUUCACUGAGGCAGAGUCAGCAAAAGUUUUCGUACAUGCCUCUAGAGAUGAAGCAAAAGCUACGCGAGAAGAUGCUGGAGAUGGCGCCCGAGUUUGGCUUGAAUGAUCUCUUCUACGGCUCUUUCAAGCGUACCUUUGCGUUUCAGUAUCAGCUGUGCGCAGCUGAUGCUGUUUACGGACUUCAGGCACUGCUUGAGGCCCCUGAGAGCUACGUAGCAGCAGUAUUUGAGGCUGAAACGCAUCACCAGCAGCAGGGCACAUCGAUGAGUCUGUUCUCACUAGAUUCUAUUAUGUCUUCCAAUGCCAAUAGCAGCGAUAUAGCAGACGGAAAGGAUAAAGACGUUGGAACGACUGAGGAAUCUCCCCAAGACGAUUUUCGUCAGCAAAACUUCAUGUUGGCGCACACAGCCCUCGCAUGUCAAUCGGUAACAUCUAGUAAGCUAAUGGAGAGUGGCAUCAAAGUAUCUAUGUCGCUCAAGCAGGCUAUCGUUCGUGUUGGACUUUCAAUCAUGGAGCGGAAGCUGCUAGUUCGUGUGAAGCACUUUCGCUACGUGUGCUUGAAUGUACCCGAGCGUGAGCAGGAGCUCUUUGCAAAUGCCAGCGUUCUUACCCAGCUAGCUCUCUUCUUGCUCAAUGUGCACCGUGCGAGUGGCAAAUGGGGUGGUCCCAAUGCCCCGGCCCGAAGAAAACCACAGGAUGACGAUGGUGACGAAGGCGAUGCAGAGGAAGAAGCACCUGUGACGAACAAAUCGAUUGUGCCGCUGGUGCUCAUAACGCGCAACCCGGCACAGAACUGUUUUCUAGUUAUUGGACUAACCUGUCCAUCUACACCGGGCGAGAUUCACCGAAACACGCUAGGAACGGCAUUUAAGCUGGCUGCUGGCGAGACUGGAGCAAACUUCCGACAGGAUGGCUUUGCGAGUGCUGUGAUGGAGAUUCAGAUCGACGAGAUCCAGUACUUUGUUGAGCAACUACACAACGUGCUUGAUGCGUGA